AUGUCACCCAUAAUUAUCGACCGAUUAGUAAAUCUAGAGAACUUGAACUUAAACUUUGCAAGACCCCAAGCCCUGUACGAAACCUCACCCGCCAACUCAUCGACUCCUCUCAUAACAGCAAGGACCGUAGUGAUUUUAAUAGAUCUGAUAAUCGUCGUAUUCAUCUCUCUUUUACUGCUAUUGGGCUACUUUCUCUAUCGUCGUCAACUCAAAAGGAAACAGAAAUUCACCAAAUCCAUCGAAACUUCCGAGGCAGAAAUGGCCUCAGAAUCGAAGGGAGCAGUAAUUAUGGACAACCAUUGCACAUCUGCAACGACCGUCGUAGAAAAGGAAGAACCGACAUCAAAAAUCUAA